GUCCCGGGUCCUGGAUUUCCAGAAGACGCGUUACGCCAGGUGCAUGAAUCACCGUGUCCCGUCCAACUGCAGGUACCAGCCAACGGAGUACGAGCACGCGGCGAACUGUGCCACCCACGCGUUCUGGAUCCUGCCCAGCAUCCUCGGCAGUUCCAUCCUCUACAUCCUCUCUGACGACCAGUGGGAAACCAUCUCAGCCUGGAUCUAUGGCUUUGGCUUGUCCAGCCUCUUCAUCGUUUCCACGGUCUUCCACACCAUCUCCUGGAAGAAGAGGCAUCUCAGGUCCGUGGAGCACUGCUUGCACAUGUUUGACAGGAUGGUGAUCUACUUCUUCAUCGCGGCGUCGUAUGCUCCCUGGCUGAACCUGCGCGAGCUGGGUCCCUGGGCCUCCCACAUGCGCUGGAUCAUCUGGAUCAUGGCAUCUAUUGGGACCAUCUAUGUUUUCUUCUUCCAUGAGCGGUACAAACUGGUGGAGCUGGUGUGCUAUGUUAUCAUGGGCUUCUUCCCUGCCUUGGUGAUUAUCUCCAUGCCCAACAGGGACGGCCUCCCGGAGCUGGUGGCCGGUGGACUCUUCUACUGCCUGGGCAUGGUCUUCUUCAAAAGCGAUGGCCGCAUCCCCUUCGCCCAUGCCAUCUGGCACCUCUUCGUGGCCAUCGGAGCUGGCAUCCAUUACUACGCCAUUUGGAGGUACCUCUACCGGCCCGGCACGCUGGAGGUGAAAACAUCCCGGUAGAUGCCUUGAGGACAUCGUUUGCGCCAACCAGCACGUGGGGGCAGCCGCCGGCGCCCUUCCUGCGGGGACAGGAGAGCCUGG